AUGCCUCUCUGGCAAAUCUAUCACCCAGCAACCGCAUUCAAAGAUGCUGCUUCCAAACAAGCAUUUGCAAAUGAUAUUACGAAUAUGUACCUCAAACUAGGCCUCCCAGCCUUCUAUGUCGUGACCCAGUUCCACAAAAUGGAUAUCGACAACGUCUUUGUUGGUGGAAAACAAAAUGCCGAUAUAGAUACUCCAUUUAUUCGAGUGGUCAUAAAUCACAUCGCUAUUCAUGUGCCAGACGUGGAUGCCAUGUAUCUCGAUACAACUUCGCGCUUGGAUGGAGUUAUGAAGCCCCAUAUCACGGACAAGGGAUAUGAUUUCGAAUAUCAUGUCGACGAGACCGAGAGAAGGCUCUGGAAAAUCAAUGGUCUUAUUCCUCCGCCGUUCAAAAGUGCCGAGGAGCAAAUCUGGGUGCGAGAGAAUCGUGCUGUGCCUUAUUAA